CCUAGUGCGGGCCCAGCACGGGCCGAACGGGCUGCAGCGAGGGCGAGCCGGACUCAGCCCUGCGGGCGGGAGCGGGCGCCCCUCCCGUGGGCACGCAGGGGACCCCGCCCCCGAGCCUUUCAGAGCUGCCGGUUGGCUGAGGCGUCCCGCUGGGCGGGGAACCGGAGCGGCGGGGCGAGUGAGGCGCAGAGGAGCCUCCCCGUCGGCCCAGGGGAGCUGCGAGUCCUUUCGCGGCGGAGGCGAAGGGCCAGGGCGGGGGCGCCGGUUCAGAUUUUGGUAGAGGUUGAUUCUUCCAGCGGCGGCCGCUGCCAGGUGCCCCGGGGCACUGAACGGAACAGGCACCAGGCCAUCAUCGAGUUGCCCACUCCCAGCUUCUGGCAAACGGCGAGGGCCACGCAGAACAUGGUGUUGGAUCCCUGGCUAAUAUCCUCCGUGAACUUCUCUCGUUCUUACUGGACCCUGUUACGGGUUUGGCCUUCGCAACAUCCCCUAGCAAAGAGUUCCACAUGUUGACGGUUGUUGCUGACAGUUGGGGGGGGAAAACUCCCUAUCAAAGCUGUUUAAAUGAGAAUGUCCCUGGCACAGAGAGUGCUGCUCACAUGGCUUUUCACAUUACUCUUCCUGAUUAUGUUGGUGUUAAAAUUGGACGAGAAAGCACCAUGGAACUGGUUUCUUAUCUUUAUUCCAGUCUGGAUAUUUGAUACUAUCCUUCUCGUUAUGCUAAUUGUAAAAAUGGCUGGGCGAUGUAAGUCUGGCUAUGACCCUCGCAAUGGUUCUCAAAAUGUAAAGAAAAAGGCCUGGUACCUCAUCGCAAUGCUGCUUAAAUUAGCUUUCUGCCUUGCCCUUUGUGCUAAACUGGAACAAUUUACUGAAAUGAAACUAGUGUAUGUCUUUAUUCCCUUAUGGGCCUUGCUCAUGGGGGGAAUGAUUGAGCUUGGAUACAACAUCUUCUAUGUACGAAGAGACUAAGUUGUAACACAACUUUUUCAAGUUGACCAAUAUCAAAUUACUGGAUCAUCCUAUCUUGGUACAAGCUUAAACUUCACACAGCAACUACAAAUAAUAAAUGUCAAUCUGAAAAUUUUAUUUAAGACAGGCUGGUAUUAAAGUGGAUUUGUUCAGUUUUUAUUUUAGAACUGUCACAAAUAUCCUCAUGUAAAUAAAGUAUGUUUGACUUCA